GGAAUUGAAGUCUGCUUUAAGUUGCAGACUGCAGAUGGAAGGCGGACUAUAGCAGAGUUCAACAAGCUUGGUCUUCCCGCAUGGUGCUAAGGGGAAGGCUAUGCAAAAACUAUUCUGUAACCUGAGAGAGUAGAAGAGAGAGCUUUUGUAGCUUUAGAACGUGAACAGUAGUACAGAACUCCUGUACAGCCCUGCAAGCAGAAAUAAAAAAAAAAACUGCCGCACUACAGAGUUGGGUUUGAACCCGUUACAUAAAGCACUCUGGGGGGAAAAGGCGCUUUGGAAACUGGAAAUCGUUUCUGCAGACAAAACUGAACUGCACAACCAGAGACACUUGAACAGAAGCCUACCAGACGUGCGGCCACAAAAACUGAAAAGGCGAUAUACUGCAACUCCUGUGGUUCACAAGUCGCCGUUCGACAAAUCUCAGGACUAAUAUUAUCACUAAAGUAAUAUAUACAAGUGUGGGACGGAAAUUGGUUAAGAGUUUGCAUUAGAGCGGCCAGGCUCGACAAACUCAGGACUCAGAAUUUCUGUGAAUCGGCAGACGCUUGUAGUUUGCUGAACAAGUACUUUAAUAUUCACAUACAUCAAAAAAAACUGAACUAUGGUACAGCAAACGAACAACACCGAGAAUACGGAAGCGGUGCUGGUGGGGGAGUCUACGGACUCUGGAGCUAUGGACCUGGGUAUGGCGUCCUCCCCGACACCCGGCUCCACGGCAUCCACGGGGGAUAAAAUGGACCCAGCCUGGUGUAAAACCCCCAGCGGUCACAUCAAGAGACCCAUGAACGCGUUCAUGGUGUGGUCACAGAUCGAGAGGCGAAAGAUCAUGGAGCAGUCGCCGGACAUGCAUAAUGCCGAAAUAUCCAAGAGACUGGGCAAACGCUGGAAGCUGCUUAAAGACAGCGACAAGAUCCCCUUUAUUCGAGAGGCGGAGCGGCUCCGGCUGAAGCACAUGGCUGACUACCCAGAUUACAAGUACAGACCGAGGAAGAAGGUAAAGUCAAGUAGCGCCAAACCGGGGGAAAAGGGGGAGAAGAUCAGCAGCAGCAACUGCAGUAGCGCCAGCACUAAGCCCUCCUUGAAAAAGAGCAGCAGCGCGAAAUCGUCCAACAAACCCCACAAAAUAGUGCUGGGAAGCUCAAAAUCGGCGUUCCCCGACCAGGUCUCCCACGCGGUCACUACGGAUCACCAUUCCCUCUACAAAUCCAGGUCAGUCUCUGCAGCCAAGCAGAUCCCUGACAAGAAAACUAAGAGGGUGUAUAUUUUCGGGGGAAGCAACCAUGGUAUCAGCCCCUCGUCCAUAGCUGUCCCUGCCAGCCCGACUCUCAGCAGCUCCGCAGAAUCCAGCGACCCGCUGAGCCUCUACGAAGACGGAGCUGCGAGUAACAAGGAAGGUGCCGACUCGCCCGGUGCGUCGUUGGACCACCACAGGUACACAAGUAUGCGGGCAUCAUCCCCGACCCCCUCAGCCUCUCAUUCGUCCUCUUCCUCCCAGUCCUCGUCCUCGGACGAAGAGUUCGAAGACGACUUACUGGACCUUAACCCUAGCCCUGGUUUUGACAACAUGUCGCUGGGGAGCUUUAGCUCCUCGGUUUUGGACAGAGACUUGGAUUUUAAUUUUGAGUCGGGGUCUGGCUCUCAUUUCGAGUUCCCCGACUACUGCACUCCCGAAGUAAGCGAAAUGAUUUCAGGGGACUGGCUGGAGUCGACCAUUUCAAACUUGGUUUUCACUUACUGAGCGACAAGAUAUCCUGAUGUGUUGGGAAUAAUUUCUUUGCUCUUAAUGAAAAAGGGAUUCCAGAAAAGGUGAGUUUGAACCUUGCGAGAAGAGUCCCACUUGAGGAAGAAGGAAAGCGCUAAUGAACUGUAAGUGUAACGCUUGCGUUUCGUUUCAAGGAUCAAGGAAUUGUGCUGAGUGGGUAUCGGCUUGAGAGAAGGCUGAAGAAAUUGUUUAACUUGGAAAGAGGAAGAUAUUAGUGCAACCUGAUUAGGAGUGACUGAGAUCCUAUUGAAAUAAACACUCGGUCUGAACUGGAAAACUGUAAUUGAUUUGCACGUACAUGAAGGCGGGCUUAUGUUGGCUAUACUUUAAUCAAUGUUACUUAAAAGGGACAAUUGAUAGAACUUUUCCGAAUCGCCAAGUGAACUUCAUUACUUAAGAGGUACAAAAAUUGGCUGUCUCGACCAGUUUUUUUUCUCGUGAUGGACGUAUUUAACAGGUGGGUUGACUUAAAAAAAUAAAAGAAAAAACGCAUGUUACCGUGUCUUCUUUUUCUGAGAUUUCUUUAAGACUGUUGAACAGUUAAAACUAGUGUUAGGGUUAUUUAAAAAUGGAUAGAUGGCGCUAUGUUUGAUUCCUACGAAAAAAGGAAAAUCACCAGCUUUUUUCAUUCUUAACUUUUUCAGGAUUCAAACGCUACUCAAAUCUGUGCUGGACUUUAUACUCUAUACAAUUCAGGACCAAAAUUCUUUAGAAUUUGUUUCUCCGAUGUUA